ACUUAUUCACAGGUCGCUCGUGAAUACGACAGAUAUCUCUGCGCAUUGAAAAUGGAUGCGAAAACCAACUCUACAAUACUAGAAGUAAAGGAACCGAAUGCGCUCUACACAACCGAUGUGAUAGCGAUCACGGCCUAUGGCAUACAAGCAAAUAGUCUCAACGAUCCGAACGGCAUUUUCCGUAAAAGUGGCAAGAAAAUCUUCACAUUUACUUGGUUACGUUCCAUGGAGUUCAAAGCGUUCUUUUUCAUACCCAUAAUGGUUAAGCUUUUUGGCUUCAAAGUAUUUUCCAAGCAGGCCACAAUCUUUUUGCGCGACACAAUCAAUCAUGUGAUGGAGGAACGCAUCAAAAGGGGUAAUGUGCGCAACGAUCUAAUCGACAUUUUGGUUAAAUUCAAACAAGAGGCCGAAGAAGAACUGAAAGAAGGCAAGAAACCGUUCAUUUUGGAGAAAGACGCUUUGGCGGCGCAAGCGGCUAUUUUCUUUUCGGCUGGCUUCGAAACGUCAUCGUCCACAAUGUCAUUCGCUAUGUUCGAAAUGGCGCAAAAUCCGGAAGUGCAAAGACGUUUGCGUGAAGAACUACUCGAGGCAUACAAGAGUAAUGAUGGCAAAAUAACCUACGAGUUGAUUAUGGGUCUGAAGUAUAUGGAUAAUGUAGUGAAGGAGGUGUUACGCCAUUAUCCACCACUACCAUUCCUCGAUCGCGUAUGCACACCAAAAGCUGAUGAAAAAGGUUAUUCGCUGAACGCCUUUGGUUUGGACUUUACAGUACCGCACAAUAUGCCUGUCUAUAUACCGAGUCAAGCUUUACACAUGGAUCCAAAGUACUUCAAAGAUCCCGAAACGUUUAAUCCUGAUCGUUUUCUACCCGAAAACAAACACGAAAAUAAUAUGAAUGCCUAUAUGCCUUUCGGCAUCGGACCUCAUAACUGUAUUGGUGAGCGCUUCGCAAUGAUCCAAACAAAGCUGGGGCUACUCUACUUCUAUCGGAAUCAUUAUGUAACGCCCUGUGAAAUCACACCGAGGAAACUGCAUUUGAAUCCUCGUGCCAUCAUAUUACAGUCCUCUGGUGGCAUAAAUUUGAAAGUCGUGCGUGAUCCAUUGUUUUAGAGAUGAAGUGGUUGAUGAGGCUGUUAAUAUAGCAUUAUAUACUAUACUUCACAUACUUCAAAGAAGAUACAUAUAGUAGAUGUUGUGUCUAACAUAUGUAGAGAUUAAGCUGUAGAAUAACGGUAUUUGAAGUAAGUAUUUAAGCUUUUCGAAGACAAUAUCUCAUUGUUUUUAUUUUUUUUUAAGUACUUGUUUUAUUUGUAGAUAAUAUAAAUAAUCAAAAUAAAAAGUAUGCCUAUAUAUUAUAUGUACUAAACAUACUAACAAUAAUUUCGAUUCAAAUGUCUCUGAAAAUAAAAUUGUCCAACUGAUGUUAA